CGUAGCUGUGGCAGCAUUCGUGUUUCCCACUAACCCACCCUAAUCCUAACCUUAACCCUUCCUAAACUGCCUUAAGACCCAAACCCAGCCCUAAACCUAACUAUAACAAACGUCUUCGUUUUUGUCUCAUUCGAAUGUGACACGUUUGCGAUGGUCAUCUCGUUAAUUCUGCGGAGCCUGCCAAUCAUGUUGAAGCACGGCGUGUCCUGCCUGGAAACUGGGGGGGAAUCCGAAUAAUGCCUUUUUUCUCGUUUUUUCCUGUCGGAAGAUGGAGGCAGUUUGCUUACGCAAACGCCUCACUGCCGAAAAACGCCAUCGAAGAAGAAAAGGUGGAAGUUAGCUUGGUUUCAAGGCGGAACGAAAAUAGCGCGAUUCUACGAAGUGAAAUCGAGUAAAAACCAUCCAAAUAUCGAAAAAGCUGGCGAAUGAGUGACAAAUUGGGGCUCCUGACGACAUUUGUAGACUUUCUGAAGGAAUAAUGACGUCGUACGAGGAGCAACUUUGUCGAACGAGAGAGGAGACUGAGCGACAUCUGGACGCGAUUGUGCAGAACAUCGAAGCCCCGAAUGCGGAGGACGAGGAGGAUGCACAGAUUCCCACCUUCAAAGAGGAAGAGGAGGAGAUCGACGUUAGCAAGUUGCCACUGACUGUCGUCGUUGUGAAGGGUGAAGAUGAUGGAGAUGAAACAUCCGAGUGGUCACAGCUUCAUCAUCACAGUCCAAGCGGAGACCAUUGUGGAGGACCACCAGCAGACAAGCUAUUUGCUAAUUUUUCACAUAGUCAUAACGUGGAAGAACCCUUGAGAGGUGACGACAAACACUUGAAAAGCUCUGAAAAGGAAACAUCUGUUGUGAGAUGUCACACAGAUAAAAAACGUUUUAUCUGCUCGGUUUGCGGUGAAAAUUUUGCUCGAAAAGAAAAUAUGAAUGUACAUAUGAGAACGCACACGGGAGAGAAACCUUUUAGUUGCUCAGUUUGUGGUGAGAAAUUUGCUCGCAAGGGCUCUUUGAUUGGACACACGGCAACACACACGGGGGAAAAACCUUUCAAGUGCUCACAGUGCGGCGAAAGCUUUACUUAUAAUUACAAUUUGACUCGACACAUGCAGACACACACGGGUGAAAAACUCUUUAUUUGCUCGGUUUGUGGUGUGAGCUAUCCUUAUAAGCACAGUUUGAGUGUGCACAUGAGAACGCACACAGGAGAAAAACCCUUUAGUUGCUCAGAUUGUGGUGAAAGAUUUACAAAUAAGAGAAAUUUGAACGUACACAUGCGGACGCACACCGGAGAAAAACCCUUUGGUUGUUCAGUUUGUGGUAAAAGAUUUACUCAAGGCUCACAUGUGAUUACCCACAUGAGAACACACACGGGAGAAAAGCCUUUUAGAUGCUCAGUUUGUCAUUCUACAUUUGCAAAAAAAGCAGCUUUAAUUGCACACACAGCGACACACACUGGAGAAAAACCUUACACAUGUACAGUUUGUGGCGAAAGCCUUUCUUAUAAGCACAGUUUGAAUGCACAUAUGAGAACACACACAGGAGAAAAACCCUUCAGGUGCUCAGUUUGUGGUAAAACAUUCCCCCAAAAGCAAAACAUGAUCAAACACAUGAGAACGCACACGGGAGAAAAACCUUUUAGUUGCUCAGUUUGCGGUGACACAUUUGCUCACAGCUUCUCUUUGAGCGUACACAUGCACAAACACACAGGAGAAAAACCCUUCAGUUGCUCAGUUUGCGGUAAAAUAUUCUCUCAGAGCGCAAACAUGGUAGCACACAUGCGGACACACACAGGCGAAAAACCUUUCGGUUGCACAGUUUGUGACAAAAUGUUCUCUCAAAGGGCACACUUGGUCGCACACGUGAGAACCCACACGGGAGAAAAACCUUUUACUUGCUCAGUUUGUGAUAAAAGAUAUUUUAAGAAGUCCAGUUUGACGGCACACAUGCGGAAACACAAUGGUGAUUAAAUGUUUUCCUGCAUUGUUUGUGCUAAAACAUCAAUAAGUAACUGCACUAUACAAUGAAUUAGGCAGGGCAUAGUAAUGAUGAACAUUUCAUCAAAAAAGAGAGGUUUUAAGCUGUUUAAUGCCACUCCCAGUUGAGGUUUAUGGUCAAACUAAGCAAUAAAGAGAAUUAGUAGUAUGUGUAAAACAGCUACAGCUUUGUCGUAGGGAAGUCCGCUAGCUUGAUGCUAACAAACGACGAAAUUAUUGUAAAACGCCAUUGACAUGCUAACUGUUAGCAUCGACAUUCACAGUUUUAGAACCCUUUGGGAAACGACUAUUUGAAUGCAUAUGGUGAACAACAGAUAUUGACAGGUAAUAUAACAUUACUCACAGGCAUAUAUUCUUCAUCCUUGACAAAAAAAAUGACUCAUAUUACAGUAACUGACUGAGUAGUAGAAAAGCAGAAGUGCAUUCUUCUUUGUUUGUCUGCAUGACUGUCCUGUAGAAUAGUGGCUCCCGGUGGCCGGGUCACGGGCGUGCUGGAGCCUAUCCCAGCAAUCUUCGGGCGAGAGGGAGGGUAUACCCUGAACUGGUUGCCAGCCAAUCGCAGGGCACAAACAAACAACCAUUCGCGCACACAUUCAAACCUAAGGGCAAUUUGGAGUCAUCAAUCAACCUACCAUGCAUGGGAUGUGGGAGGAAACCGGAGUGCCCGGAGAAAACCCACCCAGGCACGGGGAGAACAUGCAAACUCCACACAGGCGGGGCCGGGAUUUGAACCUCAGUCCUCAGAACUGUGAGGCAGAUGUGCUAACCAGUCGUCAACCGCCGUCAACCGUGCUGUCUGUGUGGGUGCGUGCGUAUGUAUGUGUGUGUGUGUGUGUGUGUGUGUGUGUGUGUGUGUGUGUGUGUGUGUGUGUGUGUGUGUGUGUGUGUGUGUGUGUGUGUGUGUGUGUGUGUGUGUGUGUGUGUGUGUGUGUGUGUAUAUAUAUAUAUAUAUAUAUAUAUAUAUAUAUACACAUAUACACACACACACACACAACCCCAAUUCCAAUGAAGUUGGGACGUUGUGUUAAACAUAAAUAAAAACAGAAUACAAUGAUUUGCAAAUCAUGUUAAACCGAUAUUUAAUUGAAUACAAAAUUGAAUAUAAAAAGCCUUAAAUGGAAAUGGGCUGGCCACAUUGCCCGAAGAGCUGACAAAAGGUGGACCGCAGAAACUAUCAAUUGGAUACCACUGGACACAAAGCGACCACGGCGAAGACCGAAAAGUAGAUGGACAGAUAAAAUCAUUAAAACACACCGGAAUACACUGGCAACAAAUUGCAAAAUGUUGUAGUAGUUGGAAACGUGAAGAAGAGGCCUACAUCCUGCAGUGGAUAGAUAACGGCAUAUAUAUACUUUAUAUAUAUAUUAAUUUAAAGCAAUGCAUGUACUUUAAAAUAACAUUUACAGUAAUUGCUCACUCUGAUUUAUUGUUUGUUACACAUGGUGGUAUUGUUACUUGUUAUUUGCUGCACUUUUCAAUGUUAUUGCAUUUAUUAUUCUCUGAUUCAUCUGAUUUUGAGCACUGUAUAUACAGCUCAAUAAAUUUGAAUGUCUAUUUUAGUAGAAUGAAUUUCUUUUAUUAUGCAGAUUCAUUGAACAUACUUUUCAGAGAGACAAGUCCUGCCUAAUUUCUGUUAAAAUAAUUGUGUUUCUCUGUUCAUAUUUUUAUUUCUUGACAUGGAGAAUUUGUGGUUAUCGUUUUGAAAAAUUGAAUGCAGUGGUCUGCGAUUGGCUGGCGACCAGUUCAGGGUGUACCCCGCCUCUCGCCCGAAGAUAGCAUGGAUCGACUCCGGCACGCCCGCGACCCUCGUGAGGAUAAGCGGUACAGAAAAUGAAUGGAUGGAAUACAGUAGUGCCUUCAGAUGCUAAUCACCCAAGAUACCACUGGGCUCAACGCUGAUUUAUAAACUUUGCCCUUCAUCCUAGCAGAGACUCUUCUGUCACAUAACACACCUGACACCUUCCUCCAGCCGUUCCAACCUGCUUGGACCCGUUUCUUCACUUCCUGACCACACUCACCAUUGCUCUGGACGGUUGACCCCAAGUAUUUAAAGUCCUCCACCAUUGCUAUCUCUUCUUUAAUGCCACUCACUGGUGAGGUAUACCGUCAAACAUAAAGCAAAGAGAGUUACAGGUACAUCUCGUGUUGUUAAAACAACCACAUCACUUUUCCUUAAAGUUGUAAGCUUAAUCCUAACAUAGUGGGAAAUGCCAUAGACGGGCUAACGAAUAGCAUUAGCGUCAUGGUGUUCUAACCCAUUAAGCAACAGAUAUUUGAACACAAACGGUGGUGCAACACGUAAAAAACAAUUCUCACAUGUAGUCUUUAUUCUGUACAAAGAAUGGAUAAUAUUACUUCCUCUGACUGAGGAGCUGAGACUCCAUGUACAGUAUAGCCAUAUGCCUAUAGUGUACUGCUCCCAGGUGGCCAAGGCACGCACACCAGAAGGAGCAGCACAAUGAUCAUUGAAUUGAAGCAAAAAUUGCAGCAAAAACAAUUUCUUCACAUUCUAUUUAAUUAUCAUUAGUUUUUUUUCCACAAAGUGCAAUAUUAUAGAGCAUUGCUUUUCUCAUUAAACAUUUUUUUGGGGGGAGGCUGGAAUGGAUUUAUGUUGGUAAAAACGGCUGCCAUAUUCUUUCCAUUUUUUUCUGCCGAAUUUUGAGCACAUGAAUUUAGCGGAUCCGCUAAAAUAAUCAAGGUCCACCAAGAUCGUGUUUUCUCCUUGUUUCGUGCAAGGUAGUACUUGUGUAUGGAAAACUAUAUGUACAUGAUUCACUAGUAUUAUUGUUGUUUUUUGUGAAGAUUGAAGAAAUUCUG